AUGACAUUGGAUUAUGACUGUCUUGGUUUUGAUGAUGCGGAGUUUGAACCUCAGACAUAUUUCUCUUUUAAUGAGUUGCUCGACUCUGAAGAUGCUGGUGGUUCAAAUGGUGCUGAAUUAUCAGAAAUCCCAAUAGAAAAUUGGGAAAAUCCAUCCGCAUUCCCACAAAAUGAAGCUCUCAAGAUAUCUUAUGAUAAUGAAGAACCUAUGAUAUCUAUUGAAACCAAUCUCCAUAUUCCUUGUAAGAUUUGUUCCCACACUGAUCCUUUCCCGGAUCUUUCUUGUCAGAUAUAUGGUGUUUGCAUUCAUAGUCAUUGUUCUCCAUGGGACCAGCAGUUGCCUCAGGAGGACGGCUGGAGGUGUGGCAAUUGUCGGGAAUGGAGAUAUUCAUUCUUUUGUGGUUUUUUGAUGUUUGGAUGUUUGAGGUGGGGAAUGGAUGGACCACUUUAUUUGCCGACUGAGGAGACUGGCAAUUACAUAGAAAAUUCGAAUAUGCUAGUCGCUUGUGAUAUUUGCUUGAGAUGA